UAUGGAGGCAGGAGGAGACCGAACGGAUUAACAAAACUUUUACUGGAGCUGAAAGAAAGGCAGCAUUUUGUGGACUUCUGGAACAAGAGGCACAGCUGAUUGCUUCCAUUGGGAGACACAAACUAAAUGCAGAUGAGGAGAAUCAACAAAAAGCAAUACUGCACUUUCUGGAUAAGUGUGCACAACCUAAGAGAUGGAAAGCAUAUGAUGGAAAAAUCACUGAAAUGGAUACACAGUACACACUCCGUGCCAGAGAACUAUUUGAAAUCUACCGCAGCAUUAGCAUGAAUGACAUCCCAAAAGAUGAGAGAAUAGAUGUGCUGUUAACACUCAGACGUACAGUGAAGGAACAUGAAUGUAAAUUAACACAGGAAAUAGUGGAAUUAAUUGACAGGGAGGUUGAUCUUAUGUCAAGAGAGGUGAAAGAGUGCAACUUAGAAGGACUGAGGAAAAGAAUUUGUACCUUAUUUCUUCAGUAUAUUAAAACUCCAAAGUUCAACCCUGAAGUCGCUCAGAUGCUUAAGGUUCCACCAGAUCCCUUAAAGCUUUAUAAAAAUGUUAACUUCUGUCAUAGUUGCAAAAAUUACUUGCCAUCUUCUGAGUUUCCUGUUCCUGCUAAUUCCCGCACCAUUGGCAGAUGCCACUUAUGUUGCAAGCUUGAUAAUGAGGCUCGGCGACGAGAAGCAUUUUUGAAGUACAAACUUAUACUCGAAAAUCUCAGAAAGUCUGAAGCUGAUUAUCAGGAUGAUGCUAAAAUUGUUUUCUUAGUUCAGCAUCAAGACCUGCAGUACAUGAUUGAGAACAUAUGGGGCUGUCAGUCAGCUCUCAGUGCCUGCCGUGACCUCUAUGAUUUGGUUAUGGUCAGAUGGGAUAAGCAGCGUGAGUGGUCUCCGUGGAACACUAUUCUCCUCACUAAAGAUGAGGCAGGUGCACAUCUUGGGCUGUGUAACCUUCAGGAGGCUUAUGAAGCGGCAUUUAUUCACAGAAUAAAACAUAAGCAUAUCCGGGCAAAAACCUACUUUGCUCAGAUUCCGGCGAUGGCAUCAUUUUUGCAUAGGAGUGACAAUCAGGCUAAUGCAAAUGAAUUUUUAAUAGCUACGCCUAUUCCUCCUGGUAAAAAAAUAUAAGUCUUAGGCAAAGUUAACUGAAGUUAAAGAAGUAAGCUGAAUUACUGAUUAAUACAAUUUCCUUGGUUUUAAAGAAAUGUAUUUUUUCAUCAAUACCUUAACUGUAUUACACAUAUCAAAAUAAACUUC